AGAUAAUAUUCUUACUAAAUCAUGGAUGCCCAGAAUCAAGAACUCAACUUCGACGUCUGCGUGGUAGGAGCAGGACCACUCGGUCUUCUAGCACUUAAGAACCUUCGCGAGCAGGGACUCAAUGCAAAAGCGUUUGAAAGGCAAGAGUACGUUGGUGGAACUUGGCAUGCGUCAAACAAUAUCGAGCAGACAACUGCAUUGGAGUACACGACAGCCAACACCUCCAAGCAAUGCUGUUCCAUUACUGAUUUUCCUAUGCCCGAUGACUUCCCUGUGCACCCCCCUCAGAAGGAUCUCGAAAGAUACUUCGAAUCUUACGCCGAACAGUUUGGCCUAUAUCCGCACAUACGAUUCUCAGUCUCAGUUGACCAUAUAGAACGCGAUGAGCCACGAAAGGCCUGGAGAGUCUUUCUCAAGGAUGUUAAAACGGGGGUUGAAGAGGUCAGAACAUUCGGUCGCGUAGUUGUCGCUACAGGCAUGCUCAAUACCCGCCAUCUCCCCCACGUGAAAGGUCUAGAGAGGUUUUCUGGGGAUGCCAUUCACUCGCGGCAGUUCAAAGACGCCUCAAAGUACCAGGGCAAGAACGUGGUUGUCGUAGGUAUUGGCGCAACUGGUGUGGAUUCGACCUCGUUCUUGGUUAAAGCUGGAACCAACAAGGUCUAUCUUAGCCAUCGUGGCACCGUCUUCGUGCUCCCCAGGAGAGUCAAGGGGAAGGCUUUCGAGCACACAUUGAGUCGUCGUGUGUCCAUUUGUGUGAGAACAAUAGGCAACAUCGUGCCAAAUAUCCUUGCAGGUCUCAUGACCAAGAUGAUGAUCAAUAUGCGAGAUAAAGAAUGGCCACACUUGAAGGAAGUAUUCGGUACUCGACCAGUUGAUGGAGUCCUCCAUCGAGUUCCAUUGUUCUCCGAGCAUCUGGCGGAUAACCUCAAAGAUGGCACAGUCAAAUCUGUACAGGGCAUCAGGGAAGUAACUGGUCCCAAGACUAUUACUCUUACAGACGGUACGGUUUUGGAAGAUGUCGAUGCCAUCAUCUUCUGCUCGGGCUAUGGUUAUGACUUUUCUAUCGUCGAGGGCCCUGGCGAUCCGACCGACCCGGCCAUUGCCCCUGACCACCACAAGCGGAUUGAGGCGACAAAGUUCUACGGCGAGGAAAACAAGUUUGCACGUCUUUUCCAUGGCUUCAUCUCGGAGCAGUUUCCCGACUCAUUGGCGUUUCUUGGCCAUAUGAUUAUCAUGAGACCUCCAUUCGUACUUUACGAUCUCACUACCAUGGCUCUGGCGAGCUUGUGGUCUGGAGACUACCCCAUGCCGUCUGCCGAAGAGAGGCGUGGGGAUAUUGAUGAUCACUAUGACUACGUUGUCAACACACUCCAGAGAGGCCCGGCUCCUCAUCCUGGAUUUAGGUGGAGGGCGAAGCCAACUUACGAGUUUCUGAACCAAGCAGCAGGUACAGGAGUCACCGAUCGUUUGGGGUGCUUCACUUGGGAAGCCUGGAAGCUGUGGUGGAACGACCGAAAGUUUUACAACUUGCUUAUGGAUGGAACUGAUGUGCCCGCGGUUUACAGAUUGUUUGAAACAGGUCGAGGUCGCAAGCCUUGGCCUGAAGCCAGAGAGUCUAUAGAGAAGACAAACCAGGAGGUGAAGGAGCUGGGAGAGCAGUGGGAGAGGGAGAAUAAGGAUAAGAAGACAAAGUAAACCGAUGUUCAUGUGGCAAAGAAUUCAUAGUAUGGUAUUUCUAGCAACUGAAGUUGAGAAGUUUGAGGUUUUGGGCAUCCAAGACUUUAUAUAGUUAAAUCAAACAAUAAGCCCAA